UAAAGCCUCUUUCUUGUAGAAUAUAAACCACUGCUGUGAAGACACAGGCCUCUCUCGCAACCUUUGGAUUUUGUCAGGCAUUAGCGAUUCUUCACAAGAUUUGUCCGCAGAUGUACAAAGAUGAAAUUGUCAUUAAGUGUGUCGGUGCUCAUGCUGUGUUGUGUCUGCUGUGUAGAAGCGAUCACUAUUGAGUCAUGUCCGUCAGCAACUGCAAGCAUCAUUCAGGCACAGAUUGAGGAUACCAUCACGCUGACUUGUGUCACUGAUGCUGGCGUCGACCCAUCAAACCAAAUGGAACUUCAGUGGUACCGCAAUGGUGACAUCGUGGAUCUGAAAGAAGAAAACCGACUGUACCGAAGCAGUCUGUGUGUACAGCCCAUCACAAAAGAGGAAAACGGAGUCAUCUUUAGAUGUCAGCUGCAGGGGGACGCAAGCGUGAACAGCUCUGUUGAGCUCGACGUCCAGUUUGCCCCUUAUCUUAAUGACACUGAAGAUAUAUUGGUUGAAGAAGUAAGUGAUGUUGUUCUGUCCUGUGAUGUCAAUGCCAAUCCUGCAGUAACUGUGGUCUGGAAAAAAGAUGGCGAAGUUCUCGAUCUGACCACUGGUAGUUACAAAACCACCAAUAAUGGCAUAACUGCUCAGUUAUCAAUCCCAAAUAUUAAGCGUGAUGUACAUCAAGGAACGUACAUCUGUGAGGUGAUCUCACUUGUCUUUGGAACUAGAAGCAAGAUCUUUAAAAUCACAGUUGAAGACAAAACUUUAAAGUUCCCUUUAGAACCCAUGAUUGCUGGACUGGUUGUGGUUGCUUGCACAAUUGUAUUAGCAAUCAUCUCCAGGCUGGACAAAAUCAAAAAGUGCUGCAAAAGAAAUUAAACCUCUUCAAAGAAGAAUAGCAUUCCAAACCAGAGUUAUUUGAGACAUGCCUGACUGGAAUGCAGUACCACCGUUCUGGUCAAUGGAACACCAUGCCUCUUAAAUCUGAUUGAAAACCCAAAUGCCUUUGUUUAGUUAUCAUGUAUAAGUGUGUUUAUAUUUAUAAAUCUUUCAGAUGAUUUCCUUGUGAGUUUGUCCCUAAAUUAUACUUUAUCUUUAAAAAAAUUAUUUGAGCCAGUCAUGUCAAUGGCCAACCAAGAACACUGACAGCCAUGUUUGUUAGAGUCAUAUAAACUUGUUAACGUAAAUCACAAACCAUUGUAAAUUCUCAAGGUCAAAGAUUUAUUUUUAUGUAAAUAGAAAUGUACCUAGGAGUCAUUAACCUUGUGUAUAAUGUGAAGUAAUGGUCACAGAGGAAACUUCCUUGUCCGUCGUCAGGUUUAUAUUCUUUGAUGCCUAUGUAUGUUGAUCCACACAGAAUAUCAGAUUUAUUGCUCAAACAAAUAAAACGUAAAUUAUAUUUCA